AUGUCUCCACUUAUCAGAAGCGUUAUUGAUAUUGCUGAAGUUUUCAAUCAUUAUGCCUCACAUAGUUGUGAUGGAGCAUCACUAAGCAAGAAAGACCUGAAGAACCUCCUUGAAAGGGAACUCGGAACUGUCCUUCAGAGACCACAUGACCCCGAGACGGUAGACCUGACCCUAGAACUUCUGGAUCGCGACUCCAAUGGGCGUGUUGAUUUCAAUGAAUUCCUCCUGUUCCUUUUCAAGAUUGCUCAAGCUUGCUAUUAUGCUCUCGACCAGGCUGCAGGGCAGGAUGAGAAGACAGCCCUGUCUAGGGAAAAAAGGAACCUGUCACAAGACCUCAGGCAAGAAGACCAAAGGAGAUUCCAGCCCCAGGAUGAAGAACCAGGGCGCCUAAGCCGGCAGAAGAGACAUGAGCAGGAGGAGCGCGCUGGGGAGCAGAGGAAGAGGCAGGAGAGACUGGAGCAGCGCUUCGACGAAGAGCAAAGACGAGAACUGCAAGAACUGGAGGAGCGCCUUGCAGAGAAAGAGCCGCUGAGCUGGAGCCAGGGUCCUGAUGCUGAGGAGUUUUCUGAGGAAGAGGAGCAGCAGAGGCGAGAGAGGAAAGACCUCAGGAGCGAGGACUACACCGUAGAGAGACGGCUGCAGGAGCGCGGGCGAGGAGAGCUUAGCGAACCCCAGCGGAGGCGCGAACCCCAGUUGAGGCGCACGCAGGAGUUGGUGCCAGAGGAGGACGAGCAGACGCAGCUCCAGGAGCCCGACGAGAGCUUCACUCAGAGGUGGCAGCGGCAGCUAGAAAGCGAGGCAGAAGCCCGUCAGAACAAAGUCUACUCCAGGCCUCGCAGACAGGAGCCGGAAAAGCGUCAGCUCGGGGAGCAGGAGCAGCGCCGCGACCUCCGACCGCAGCGUCCCGCUGAGGAGGAGCGCCGGGAGCAAGAGCAGCGGUUCCGCAAGCGCGAGGUGCAGCGCUUCCGGGAGGAGGAGCUGCAGCGAGCCCAGCUCCAGGACAGACCCCUAGAGGAUCGCCAGAGGCGUCGCCAGGUGGAGCGUCAGGACCAAAACAGGAGCGGGCAACUGCGGGAAGAAAGCCAGAGGCGCCACACGCAGUACGCCAAACCCAGCCAGAGGCAGCAGAGGGAGGAAGAGCUACGUGAGGAGCGGCUGCUGCAAGAGGAGCAGCAGCGCCAGCAGAGGGGCAGGAGAUACCGCCAGGAGGAAGAACGGCUGCAGCUGGAGGAAGAACGGCUGCAGAAGGAAAGGAGACGCCUGCAGCUGGAGCGGCAAUAUCAAGAGGAGGACCUGCAGCGGGAGGAAGAGCUGCUGCAGCAGCGGGAAGAGCGGCUGCGGAGUGAAAGGAGACACUUGCAGCAGGAGAGGCAGUGUCACGAGGAGGACGAGGCGCAGCGGGAGGAAGAGCGGUUGCAGCAGCAGGAAGAGCAGCUGCGGAGAGAAAGGAGGGACCUGCUGCAGGAGAGGCAGUAUCGCAAGGGAACCGAGGCGCAGCGGGAGGAAGAACGACUGCAGCAGGCGGAAGAGCAUCUGCAGCGGGAGGAAGAGCGGCUGCGGAAAGAAAGGAGACGCCUGCAGCAGGAUAGGCAGUAUCAAGAGGAAGCACUGCAGCAGGAGGAAGAGCAUCUGCAGCGGGAGGAAGAGCGGCUGCGGAAGGAAAGGAGGCGCCUGCAGCAGGAUAGGCAGUAUCAAGAGGAGGACCUGCAGGAGCUGCGGGCUGAAGAUCAGCGCAGGGAUCUGAAAUGGCAGUGGCAACCAGAGAAAGAAAAUCAAGUUCGCAGUCACAGGCUCUUCUCCAAGCGCAGGGAGGAUGAAGAAAAGAUCCGGCGGCUGGAAGAUUCUCUGGAGCAAGAGAGACGGCUACGUCAGGAUCGGCGGUCCCUGCAAGACCAAGUGGAAGAGAAGAGAGAGCUGGAGCAGGAGAGGAGGCGCCGACAGCAGCGCGACCGGCAGUUCCUAGCAGAAGAGGAGCUGCAGCUCGAGCACCCAAGGGAAGCCAAAAGACGAGAUGAGACGUUCCAGGAGGAAGAGCAGCUCCCGAGAGACUCGAGAAGACGGCCACAGCAGACGGACAGGAAGUUCCUUGAGGAGGAAACGCAGCUGCGUAAGGAACGGGAAGACCUGAGGCGGCGGCAAGAACAAUUCCAGGAGGAAGAGGAGCUGCGUCUCCAAGAACGCGAGGAAGAACUUCGGCAGGAGCGCAACAGAAAAUCCUGUGAGGAACAAAAGCGCCGCCAGCAGCGUGAAGAAGAACAUCGCCAGGAGCGGCGGCGUGAGGAAGCGCAGCACCGCCAGGAGCGUGACAGAGGUUUCCGCCAGGAACAAGAGCGCCGUCAGGAACUCGAGGAAGAGCAGCUGAGACGCCAGGAACGUAACAGAAAAUUCCAAGAGGAAGCAGAGCGCCGCCAGGAACUCGAGGAAGAGCAGCUGAGACGCCAGGAACGUAACAGAAAAUUCCAAGAGGAAGAAGAGCUCCGCCAGGAACUCGAAGAAGAGCAGCUGAGACGUCAGGAACGUAACAGAAAAUUCCAAGAGGAAGAAGAACUCCGCCAGGAACUCGAGGAAGAGCAGCUGAGACGUCAGGAACGUAACAGAAAAUUCCAAGAGGAAGAAGAACUCCGCCAGGAACUUGAGGAAGAGCAGCUGAGACGUCAGGAACGUAACAGAAAAUUCCAAGAGGAAGAAGAGCGCCGCCAGGAGCGCAAGGAAGAGCAGCUGCGAGACCGAAAGUUGAGGGUGGAGGAGCAACUUCGCAGGGAGCGUGAGGGAGAGCUGCGGCGCAGACAGGAGUGUGACAGAAAAUUCCGCCGAGAACAAGACUUCCGCCAGGAACUGGAGGAAGAACAGCGGAGGGAUAGAAAGUUCCGCCGGGAACAAGAGCUGAGGCGCGACAGAAAAUUCCGUGAGGAAGAGCGCCUCCAGGAACUCGAGGAAGAGCAGCAGAGACGUCAGGAACGUAACAGAAAAUUCCAAGAGGAAGCAGAGCGCCGCCAGGAGCGUGACAGAGGUUUCCGCCAGGAACAAGAGCGCCGCCAGGAACUCGAGGAAGAGCAGCUGAGACGCCAGGAACGUAACAGAAAAUUCCAAGAGGAAGCAGAGCGCCGCCAGGAGCGUGACAGAGGUUUCCGCCAGGAACAAGAGCGCCGCCAGGAGCGUGACAGAGGUUUCCGCCAGGAACAAGAGCGCCGCCAGGAACUCGAGGAAGAGCAGCUGAGACGCCAGGAACGUAACAGAAAAUUCCAAGAGGAAGCAGAGCGCCGCCAGGAGCGUGACAGAAGUUUCCGCCAGGAACAAGAGCGCCGCCAGGAGCGUGACAGGGGUUUCCGCCAGGAACAAGAGCGCCGCCAGGAGCGUGACAGAGGUUUCCGCCAGGAACAAGAGCGCCGCCAGGAACUCGAGGAAGAGCAGCUGAGACGCCAGGAACGUAACAGAAAAUUCCAAGAGGAAGAACUCCGCCAGGAACUCGAGGAAGAGCAGCUGAGACGUCAGGAACGUAACAGAAGAUUCCAAGAGGAAGAAGAGCGCCUCCAGGAACUUGAGGAAGAGCAGCUGAGACGCCAGGAACGUAACAGAAAAUUCCAAGAGGAAGAAGAGCGCCGCCAGGAGCGCAAGGAAGAGCAGCUGCGAGACCGAAAGUUGAGGGUGGAGGAGCAACUUCGCAGGGAGCGCGAGGGAGAGCUGCGGCGCAGACAGGAGUGUGACAGAAAAUUCCGCCGAGAACCAGAGCUCAGGCGCGACAGAAAAUUCCAAGAGGAAGAAGAGCGCCUCCAGGAACUCGAGGAAGAGCAGCUGAGACGCCAGGAACGUGGCAGAAGAUUUCACGAGGAAGAAGAACGCCUCCAGGAACUCGAGGAAGAGCAGCCGAGACGCCAGGAACGUGGCAGGAAAUUCCACGAGGAAGAAGAGCGCCGCCAGGAACUCAAAGAGCAGCUGAGACGCCAGGAACGUGGCACAAGAUUCCACGAGGAAGUAGAGAGCCGCCAGGAACUGGAGGAAGAGCAGCUGAGACGCCAGGAACGUGGCAGAAAAUUCCAGGAGAAACAAGAGCGCCGCCAGGAACUCGAAGAGCAGCUGAGACGCCAGGAACGCGCCAGGAAAUUCCACGAGGAAGAAGAGCGCCGCCAGGAGCGAGACCGAAGAUUCCGCGGGGAACCAGAGCUCCGCAAAGAAAGGGAGGAGCAGCUGCGGCGCCAACAGGAACUCGAGGAAGAACAACUUCGCUUUGAGGAACAGCGUCACCACCAGGAACGGGAGCAACAGCUUCGCCAGGAGCGUGACAGGAAAUUCCAAGAGGAGAAGCAGCUGCGCCAGGAACGUGAGGAACUGCAGUCGCGGAGGCAGAAACAAGAUGGUCAGUACCUGGCUGAGGAUCAGUUUGCCAGGGAUAAGAUUCGUCGUCAGGAACAGGAACAGGAUCAAAAGGAGGAACUAAAACGUCGCCAAGAGCGGGAGAGAAAAUUCAAAGAAGAGCAGAUCCGUCGGCAGGCAGAGCAGAGGCGCCGCCAAAUCCUGGAGAGUGGCACGCGCCAGUUUGCCAAUGUCCCAGUGCGUUCCAGCCCUCUCUACGAGUACAUCCAAGAGCAGAGGUCUCAAUACCGCCCUUAAAGGAUGCUGCCAACGUCCUGGCAGCAGCCAAAUCUUUUUUUCUUUUUCAAGCAAAAGAAAAUGAGAAACACUGGGUAUCAAAUGAUAACUCAUGUGUUUCUGGUUGUGGGAAAACUCUCUAAUCUUAGAAUGUCUUUUUCAGAAUCUUAAACUAUACCCAUUUCAUUUCUUUCUAUUCCUGUCUUUCAUUCUGACUUGGAUCUUUAUUGCAAGAUGUCUUUGUUCUUUAGUGCAGAUACGGUGUGCACUCUUUAAAAAAGUCAUUUAAUUUUUUUAAAGGAAUUUUGUUUGAGGAGUACAUUGAUUUGUUGCCUUCAUAAAUAAGAAUAAUGUAGCAAUUUGAUAUUCAAAAUAAUUGAGCCACUAUUUUUAGUGGUGGAUCAUCUUGUUGGGAGCUCUCAUUUUAUAAGUUUAAGUUGACUUUUUCUUUGGCCUAAAUUUCAUUUGUCUUCUCCUCCAAACAGUUUUCUUGAUUUUUGUUGCAUAAUUUUGCCAGCCCUCAAAUAAUGCAGGGGAAUGAUUUAUGCAGAAAAAAAAAUACCAUGUGAAAUGUUCAUAACUGAAGGAAAUAUCUGUUAAGAGAAAGACUUGGACAGGAAAUUAGAAUUUGGCAUUGUAUUUUUGUACUUAGCACCACUUAAAAUUUCAUGAAGCAAAAGCAAGGUGUUUCUCAAACAACUCAAAUUUAAAACUGCUGUAAUUUGUAGAGCUCUGUUCUAUUUCCCCAAGUUUUGUUGGGUUUUAGAAUACUACUUUUGUACAUUUUGGUUUAGAGGGAACCUAUUCAAGGCCCUGUACACAUCUGUCUUGUUUGGGUCCAACAAGAGUUCACAGUGAUGGAAGAUUUCGGGGAAAAUGUAUGAACAGAGGACAAAUUUCUAGAGGUCUCUAGACUUAUCAGCCCACAAUGAUUUGAGGCUUUAUACUACCUUAAAGACAUUCUUGUUGAAAAAAAAAUCAUACUGUAAGAAAUCAAUAAAUGUUUGGCAAAUAAUUAUCCUUGUCUGUUUUAAUUAUGUGUCUAUCAUAACUCAUAUCUAAUCUGGAAAUGCAUAUAUUUCCAAUCACAUAGUAUUUUUACUAUCAGCUAUGUCCAAACAUGAAA